CGGCGGGCGCGCUGGGGGCGGAGCGGCCUCGCGGGCUCCGCGCUCGGGGCUCGGGGCUCGGGGCGAGCGCUCCCCGGGGCCGCCCCGCCCGCCGUGCUGCCCGCGUCUGGCAGGGGCGGGCGCGGCUCGCGAGGCGGCGGCGCGAGGCGAGCCGGGCGCUGCGGCGGCGGCGUUGGCGGGGACGACCCGGCGGGAGCGGCGGCUGAGCCGAGCGGAGCCCCGGCCCCUUCUCCGCUCGUCCGCGCUUCCGCUGCGCCAGCGCCGCGCGUGAGCCCCGAGCCCGAGGAGACAUGAGCGCCCGGCGGCCCGGCGCACCCAAGGCGCAGCGGCCCGGCCCCGCGGCCCCGUGAUGGGCUCCUGCGUGUCGCGAGAUUUGCUCACAAGUACCCACAAGGACUGCCCCGUGCCCCAGGGCACGGCCCCCCUGAACCCAGACUUGCCCUCCAGCCGCCCACCCAUCGUGGCUCCAGACCAUGUCACUGGCAAGGACAAACAGAUGGAUUUCUGUUGGGAUCCUUGGCAGAGGUGCUUCCAGACCACCAACGGCUACCUGUCCGACUCCAGAUCCUGCUCCAGCAACUACAACGUGGCAGCCCUGGCCACCUCGUCCCUUGUGGGAGUGGUGCAGAGCAUCAAGGACCACAUCACAAAGCCCACGGCCAUGGCACGUGGUCGCGUGGCCCACCUCAUCGAGUGGAAGGGCUGGAGUGCCCAGCGCUCAGGCUGGGAGCUGUCCGCAGCCGAGGACGAGCAUUACUGCUGCCUCCCAGAUGAGCUGCGUGAGGCCCGCUUUGCCGCAGGGGUUGCCGAGCAGUUUGCCAUCACGGAGGCCACACUGAGUGCCUGGUCCUCGCUGGACGACGAGGAGCUGCACCCAGAGAACAGCCCCCAGGACGUCAUCCAGCUACAGGACCUGGAGAGCAUCUACCUUCAGGACAGUCUUCUGAGUGUCCCCUCGCAGGAUGACAGUCUUCUGGCCUUCUCCUCCCCCGAUGGAUGGCCCUCACCUGGCGAGCCCCCCACCAUAGCCUCUGGCCCGCAGCCCCCCAGCCCCGAACAGCAGCACCGGCAGCGGCUGCUGGGGGCCCCGGGGCCCGAGCGGGGGGCCCGCCUGCAGGGUUCCCUCCCGUCGGUGGACAGCGGCUCCCUCUCAGAGGAGGAGGACGAGGUGUUCUAUAACUGAGGCGGGCGCCAGAGCCUGCUCACACCGGGACCUGGCCCGGUGGGCAGCCCAGGUGCAUCAGGACGCCAGGGUCUGGCUGGGCAUCUCUUGACCCCUCAGGGCAGGCACAGGGUGGGUGCGGCAGGGCUGGGGGCCAGCAUUCCUUGGGGACCAUUCCGUGCCUCUGUGGACCUGCCCCCCGCAGCGGGAGCCGUAAUCCCCUUCUCCCUCUUUACUUGGCUCAGGCGGGCACCUUCCCCUGCAGUUUCUGCCAUCAGCGAGCUCAAGGACUCUCAGCAGACACCAGGCAGGCCGCCCGGAGGGGCCAACAGCCAGCUUCCCAGGCAGACAACCAGGGAAGGGCCUGGGAGACCCGCCUCAACCCCAGG